AGUUUCCUCUCUCUCUCCUUAUUUUCCUUCAUUUAAAUUUCUGAUUCGUAAAUUCUCUUAUUGUUUCAUUGAGAUUUUUACGUUUAGAUUUCUAGUGUUGUAAUUAGAUUUUCCUUUCUUCAAAAUUCUUUAGAUUUUUGUUGGGAAAUUUCCGCCGAGAUUAUUUUUGUUUGCAGAGGAAAUAAUUUUGCAAGUUUCUAUUUUUAUUUUGAAGACAUAAUUCUUGGCGGAAAAGUUAGGUUUGUUGCCAAUGAGGGGUAGAAGUUACAGUUACAGCCCUUCACCACCAAGGGAUUAUGGUAGGAGGCGUCGCAGCCCUAGCCCCAGGGGUCGCUAUGGCGGCCAUGGUAGAGAUCUUCCCACCAGCCUUCUUGUUCGUAAUCUUCGCCAUGACUGUAGGCCAGAAGAUCUGCGGGGACCUUUUGGGCAAUUUGGUCGUCUCAAGGACAUCUACCUGCCUCGAGAUUAUUAUACUGGGGAACCACCUGGUUUUGGAUUUGUCCAGUAUCUGGAUUCUGCUGAUGCUGCUGAUGCAAAAUAUCAUAUGGAUGGUCAUGUUCUUCUUGGCCGAGAACUUACUGUUGUUUUUGCUGAGGAAAAUAGGAAGAAGCCUUCAGAAAUGAGGGCAAGAGAUCGUGUAAGGGGUCUGGCAUAUAGGCGGUCACCACUUCGUUAUUCUCGGUCACCACGAUAUGCUCGAAGUUACUCCCGGAGUCCAGACUAUUAUUCUCCUUCUCCUAGGCGAAGACAUUUCUCAAGGUCAAUUUCACCCAGAGAUAGGAGAUACAGAGGGCGAUCUUGCUCAAGGUCACCCUAUGGCUCAAGGAGCCCAGGCCGGAGCUUUAAUAGGAGCAGGAGCCAAAGUCUGGACUAUUCUACGUGACUGACCGGAAGGUGUCGGGGUUAGUAUGUGUCAGGAGAUAUAUCUCUAUGCUAGUUGUCUGGAUAAAUAGUUUGCAUUUGCUUCAGCAUGUAUGACUGGUUAAAAAGUUGAUUAUUUAGUUUCUAGUGCUGAUUGUGGUCGUAGUAAUCAUGUUUAACACAGACAUGCUAUUCUGAAUCUUCUAUGUUGACAAUAUUGUCAUCCUUAAAUGAUCUUUUUUAAUUUUUGUCAUUUA